UUUCUUUUUCCUUAUUGAAACAUUAUUAGUGAAAGAUACAAACAUACUGGAUCUCCGAACCGCUAAUAAUUAAUAUUGGUUUCUUCUGAGAUUCAUUCAUUCAUUCAUUCAUUAAUUAAUGUGUGUUGUGAGUAACAGAAUCAGAGAUUAAGUUUGUUUGGUAUCAAUGGAUUCGAGUUCGGGGCAGCAAGAAUUCGAUUAUUCUUUCAAAUUGUUAAUGAUUGGUGAUUCUGGUGUUGGUAAAAGUUGUCUUCUUCUCAGGUUUACCUCCGAUGAUUUUCAAGAUCUCUCCCCAACCAUUGGUGUUGAUUUUAAGGUCAAAUAUUUGACGAUGGAUGGUAAAAACCUUAAGCUUGCCGUUUGGGAUACUGCUGGUCAGGAGAGAUUUAGAACACUCACAAGUUCUUACUAUCGAGGGGCGCAAGGAAUCAUCAUGGUUUAUGACGUAACCCGGCGAGAAACAUUUACAAAUCUAUCUGAAAUAUGGGCAAAGGAAAUAGACCUCUAUUCAACAAAUCAAGACUGCAUGAAGAUGCUUGUUGGAAACAAAGUAGAUAAGGAGGGUGAUAGAGCUGUGACAAAGAAAGAGGGAAUAGACUUUGCUCGGGAAUAUGGUUGCCUUUUUAUCGAAUGCAGUGCUAAAACUCGAGUGAACGUGCAGCAAUGUUUUGAAGAGCUUGUUUUGAAGAUUCUUGAUACACCUAGCCUCUUAGCUGAGGGCUCUAAGGGGGUAAAAAAGAACCUUUUUAAGGACAAGCCAGCCCAGUCAGAUGCAUCCACAGGCGGUUGUUGCUGAUUUUAAGCUACUUCACCAGAAGCUGCAUUUUAAGAAUCACAGUCUCCAAUAGAAGGGCAUUGCAUCCAUUUUCAUGGAUUUCUAACAUAAUUUGCAGUUAUUUUAGCAUAAGUAGACCCUUUCUAUAUGUUAGGUUCCUAUUUUGUCUUGAAUAUGUAGAUGUAAUAUAGAUUGAUCAUGACGGUUAUCUGCAAUUUCUUGAGACUUGUUUUUCUUUUAGUAACACAUUAAUUUCAUAUAAAGACAUUCAACUUUUUGUUUCUAAAA